CCUCUCCGAUCUGCUUAUUCCAAGUGAGGCAGUUGUCCAGGUAGUCUCAGAUUUUUAACAAUUUUGGAAUAAGGUAUAGAUGUGGAAUAUAUAUCUAUGGUCAUUUUACUUCAGUAGUCAUGUUCGUUAAGAAUGUUCUAUAUCUACGUUUAUUUUGUAUCUGUUUUAUUUAGAUAUUCAAUGAAUUUGAAAAUGAAUCCGAUAGGUAUUUGACGUAUUGUGUUUUUGUAAACAAUAAGAAUUUGUUACCAAUUUCUUUUACAAUUCGACAAAAAAUGUUGCUUUCGCUGAAUUUUCUUAUAAAACUUAGUGAUUUUACACUCAGUGCUUUAAAUUUUCUUUAAGACAAAAACUAAAUAUUGUUCAUUACAAUUUUAUUUAACAUCUAAUUGAUUUUUGCCAUGGAAGAUAUAUUCAAAUUAAAUGAUGUUAUUUUCAACUAUUAUUCUUUAAUUGGUGGAUUAUUUCUUACUUAUUUGAUUUACCGGAUUUUUCAUUCAUUUCUACCUGAUAAUAUAUAUAUACAUUUCAAAUAUAGAAAUCGGGGACAUACUUGGAGAAGCAUAGAAUGUAAUAAAUCUAUACCCUAUAAUAUUUAUUGCACAGUUUGUGGUAAGCUCAUGUUACCAUUAGUGGGGCUGUUCUGUGAGUGCUGUGCUGUCAGUGCAUGUAAGAGGUGCCACUAUGUGAUAGAGAAAAAGUUCCAAUGUAAAUCUGUUUCAUGGCCAAAUGAUAAACCCUUUCACCAUCAUUGGGUUAAUGUUAGCAUAGUUCGUGUUGAGAAUCCUGAUAAUAUGGAAGACUGUAUUAAAAAAUAUUUUUGCUGUUGGUGUCAAAGAACAAAGUUGAGUCAUAAUAUUACCUUAAAUGACUCUGAGGAAUGUGAUUUUCAGAAGUUCAAAAAUAUUAUUAUUCCUCCAUCUUGUGUACAAAUUGAGAAAGGGAAAAUAACUAAUAUAAAACCAUUACAAGAUAAAAAUUGGGAGCCAUUAAUAAUUUUUGCAAACCGCAAAUCAGGCAGCAACAGAAGUGAUGAAGUACUCUCCAUUUUCAGAGGUCUUCUUAAUCCAAUACAGGUGGUGGACAUUAGCGUUAUGUCACCGGAGAGCGUGGCGCGAUGGCUGCCGGACCGUUGCCGCGUGCUAGCAGCCGGCGGCGACGGCACUGUUGCUUGGGUGCUCAACGCCCUACAUUCCGUUCCACACGUAAAGGCUCCGGUUGCUAUAUUACCUAUGGGGACGGGAAACGAUUUGUCUCGAGUAUUAGGCUGGGGUCCGACUUGCGAUUCACAUUUAAAUGCAAAUUCCAUUAUAACUUCAAUAAAACAAGCUGAAGAACAAAUUUUAGAUAGAUGGAAGGUAACUAUAAAACCAAAGCGACGUAGACUGGGGCGGUUGCGACCAGACCGCGUGCUCUACGCGUACAACUAUGCUAGCAUCGGCGUGGACGCGCAAGUCGCGCUCGACUUCCACAACGCUAGGACUCAAUUCCUUUACAGAUAUGCGAGCAGAACCAUUAAUUAUAUAGCGUACGCGGUGCUGGGCGCGGGCCGGUGGUGGGCGGCGGGCGCGUGCGCGGGGCUCGAGCGGCGGCUGCGGCUGCGGGCGGACGCGCGCGACGUGCCGCUGCCGCCGCUGCAGGCGCUCGUCGCGCUCAACAUACCCUCCUGGGGCGCCGGCGUGCAUCUCUGGGGGAUGGGUAACGAAGGAGAAGUACCUGAGCAGAGUAUAAACGAUGGAAAACUAGAGGUGGUAGGAAUUUCAUCAUCGAUCCAUAUAGCGCGACUUCAAUGUGGCCUAGCUGAACCGUAUCGCUUUACACAAGCUUCGAGGAUUAAGAUCGAGAUGGAAGGAUCUUGUGCGAUGCAAGUAGACGGCGAGCCAUGGAUGCAAGGUCCAGCCACUAUCCUGAUCGAGCACGCCGGUCACAGUGUCGUAUUGCGCGCAACAAAUCGUAGAUCUGAAUAAUUACAAAUUUAUACUUAUUUAUAGUUCAUUUUAAAUGUUACAGGGUUAUUUUUAUUUUAUUCUCUUUAAUAGUAUUAUUACGAAUGUUAAUUUAUAGGAAAUAUUAAAGCAUUUAAUUAUUGAUCA